GCAACGAUGCGCGUCAGCGGUGUGCGAAGCCGCCCAGUGUUCCGCGAAGUGCAGUAAUGUCCCAUCCGCCGCACGCCAAAUGGAAGGCUUCUACUCGUCGUUCCUCCACAGAUACCCGCUGCCCUCGCUCCUCGUCGACCGCUACCACCCCUUCAUCUACUACGAGCCCGAACCACCACCUUUAGAUCUCUCCGUGAAAAACCGAGAGGCAUCUCCGUCACCCCCGGCAACAUCGCCCAAGAAACCCGCGCGCCCGGCCACACCGACAACUCCGGACAAGAAGCCGGUGUGUAGCCCGGCGGUUUGGAAGUCGGCGGCGCGUAGCCCGCUCUGUAGCCCGGUCUCGAACAGCUCGCCGGUGCCGAGUAGCCCGGCGGCGCGUAGUCCGGGGUCGCGCACUCCGGCGAAGCGGCAGAAAGCGGUGCGGAAGUUGAACUUCGACGAGGACAAGGUCUCGCCGGUGUCCGGGACGAUCAUACGGUCGCUGGACGAGAGCGAGUCGGUGGUGGUGCGCAAGGGUGACAUCGACCCGAUCUUCAACGUCGUCGAGGUGACCGAGGAGGCCAAGGCGGAGCUGGCCAAGAUCGAGAACAAGAUCGGGGACUACAUCUGCCGGCUGUGCCGCAUCACGUUCGAGGAUGCCUUCUCGCUGGCCCAGCAUCGGUGCUCGUGCAUCGUCCACGUGGAGUACCGCUGCCCGGAGUGCGACAAGGUCUUCAACUGCCCGGCCAACCUGGCCUCCCACCGACGCUGGCACAAGCCCAAGGACGCCGCUCAGACGACCCAGGUCAGCCUGCACACAAGCGAUGAGUCCGAAGAAGAAGCCAAAAUCCCGUGCCCUGUCUGCGGGAAGCUCUUCAGGAGACAGUCCUAUCUCCGCAAGCACCUCGUCUCUCACACACACACACACGCACAUGCACACACUCACACGGUGACGUCACCGCCCAUGAUGGGUCUUUCACAUCUCGCCGUCGCCAACUGACCUUCGCGGAAAACAGAACGCAAGUUCUGGACCCCGUGGUAGCUCUAAGGGUGAGUUCACAUCACUCUCGUCAUGAGAUCUCUAGUCACGAGUCUCUAGUCACAAGUCUCUAGUCACGAGUCUCUAGUCAUGAGUCUCUAGUCAUGAGUCUCUAGUCAUGCUCAUCAAGUCACGAUUCUCUAGUCAUGAUCCGUUGGUUUUGAUUCUCUAGUCAUUAGCUUCUAGACCUGCGGGCCGAUUAUUGAAAUUGAUAGACAAAGCUAUAGACAAAGGAGACAAAAGAGAUAUGGAGAGAUC